AUGGCGCAGAUGAUCACCUUCCGCCUGAACGCUAGGCCGACGUACAGCGAGCGCAUGACGGACGCGCGCGGGGAGUUGCGCAAGAUUAUCAAAGAUCAGCUAUGCGCUAUCACUGGCGACAGGGACGCGAGCAUGUCGUGGAGCAGGAAGUCGUACAUGAAGAACAUCGUUACUCGCUACCGCGUCCGCAUCGAAGGGUGGCCCCUCGGCGACGUUCCCUUCAGGAACCUCAGCGAUGUCUCCAAUCUACCCAAGCUGGAGCUGCUCCUACGCGGGUUUAAGGAUGGCACAAUUCGCUUUUGCAAAAUCACGGACGCCCAGUACGCUGAGAUGGUCGCCGACCCCACGCCAUGGAUCGGGCCGCCGGGCGCAGAUGGCGAGGGAGAUGGCAAUGCCGAUUAG